CAACUAAACAAGCAUUAGGCUCUUCUCAAAAAAGAAAAAGAGAAGGAUUAGGCUGUGACCAAAAUUAUGCAGAGUGACUGCUACGUGAAGUUAGUUUCCCUUGUUCCACUUUUACCCCGACAGUUUCCCUCAGCUAAUUCUGGGGAAGAUAUUAUUUUAACCUGACCAUGGUUAAGUCUUCUUUUUAACCUCAGUUAAAAUAUCAGUUUAUAACCCAACUCGCCUCUGCCAAACCCACUACCACUUUGAGAAAAAACAAAAACAGAAACAGAAACAGGAACCUCUUUUUUUUUUUUUUUUUAAGUACAGAAUGAUGAUCGGAGAUUCUCCUCGUUCAUAUCCAACCGUCCAAGUCCCUCCUUGGGAUUUCCUCGAUGACCAUCCGACGGCCAAUCUUCACUCCACAUUCUCCGUUUCUCCUAACGGCGGCAACAAUGCCUGCGGUUACGAUCUUCACCUGGAUAACUUAACGGCGCUGCACCGUUACCUCCCAUCGAAUGCGGAUCCUGAAUCCGACGACGACUGGGACGACUUGGAUAUCCCGGUGGACGCCUUCUCUUGCGAUGAGUUCCGGAUGUUUGAGUUCAAAGUCAAGAAAUGCUCACGUGCCAGGUCACAUGACUGGACCGACUGUCCCUACGCCCACCCGGGGGAGAAGGCUCGCCGGAGGGACCCCAGAAAAUUUCACUACUCCGGCAGCUCUUGCCCUGAAUUCAAGAAAGGCGCUUGCCGGAAAGGCGACUCCUGCGAGUUCGCGCACGGCGUCUUUGAGACCUGGCUCCACCCUGCUCGUUACCGUACUCAGCCGUGUAAAGAUGGGACCCAGUGUCGCCGGCGCGUGUGUUUCUUCGCUCACACCCCUGACCAGCUCCGGGUGAUUCCCCAGUCCGAGUCGUACGACGGGUCUCCAGCCCGACUCUGGUGCAACUCGCCAGGUCGUGGCGGUUUCGACUCGGGUCUUGCCGUGAAAGGCGGGACGUUUGGGUUGUCUCCGACCUCGGUUCUGCACUCGCCGCCGUCGUCACCUCCGGCGGAUUCACCGCCCUUGUCGCCCGGGGAAGCUCCGAGUUUGAACUCAGUGAGUGGACUCACACUGUCAAUGCGAAAUCUGCAGAUCGCAAACAUGAGGAUGUGCAUGGGGUCUCCCCGGGGGGGAGUUCAAAUGGGUUCUGGUUUUUGCUCGCCCCGGAGCCCUUUCAACCGCCAACCCGGGUUCAUGAGCCUACCAGUCACUCCGACCCGGAUUCCACUCCGCUCCGGAUCCGGUGCUUUUGAUCUCUGGGAGAAGGGAUUCGAUGAGGAAGAGCCCGUGAUGGAGAGGGUUGAGUCCGGGAGGGAUCUCCGGGCUAAGAUGUAUGCUAAGCUAAGCAAGGAAAACUCUCUCGAUUCGGCAAGUCGGGUCCCGGAUUUCGAUUGGAUAUCCGAGCUCGUGAAGUGAAACGGGUUCGGGUCGCAUUCCUGAUUCUCAAUCAAUCCAUUUGUCAUGGCCAUGUUGUUACUUUAAGGUUGAAUUAACUCUUGUCCGGUACUUGGUCGGUCGGCGGCUUCCGGUAUGUGAAUACUGAAAAAAUGUUGAAUGUGACGAGGAUUUUGCAUGUGUAAGUAUAAAAAAAUGGGAGUGUUUUUGAUUAGCUAAUCUGCCAUUUUGUUUGGAGGGAAUCGAUGAAAAUGCCUCCAAAUUUGUACAUACUGUUAAUUUUUAGUUAGUAACUGGUAGUAGCAGGGAAGCUUGGCCGAUGUAUCAUAUUUGGCUGCAUUUGAUUGUAUUUCCAAUUUCCAGAUUUGGGCAUCUGAAUUUGUAUGUAUUCCAUUCCCGAUUUACCUUACCUUAAUGUUUGAUCCUCAUGUGAAAAUGUGAAAACUCUAUUCAGAUUACCAUUUCCGGCUGUGAGAAGUUAUUUUAGGCCGUACUAAAUAUAGCAGCUCAAAAGGGUGUGUUUUUGUACCGGCGGCGUGAACAAUUUCCGGCCAGGUUACAGGGUUUGGGGAAAGUAUAUGGUUUUGGUUUUGCGGGAGUUAUGCUUUUAAUUACCUCAUGAGCUUAGUGGGAGUAAAUUAGACUAGAAGUGCUUUGGCGUGGGAGGACUAAUUAAAUGAGAGUAACAAGAGAAAUUAAAAGAAAAAGGGUGGAUAAGGCUUAUCUUGAAAGGGUUAAAGAUUAUGACUUGGAUGUUGACAUCUUGUACUGUUAAAAACAUUUUCUUAUUAUCCCUC